AUGGCGGACGGACCUGGGGCCUUCGCUGGUAUUGAUAUGGACGCUCUCUUCGCUGCUUCUCCGGCCCAGCAGAAGCAGAUGCUCGGUGAGGCUCUGUGGCCCAAGAUCUACGAUAUUCAACCCGAAUUGGCCGGCAAGAUCUCGGAUAUACUCCUCGAAAUGGACAGCAGCGAGCUUAUCAACCUUGUCUUUGACGAGUCUGCUCUCCGCGCCGAGGCUGACGGGACCAUGAGAGUCUACGAUGAGUAUCUCAAAGACAAGGACGGUGGGCGCGAGAAGGACGCUCCGAAGCCUCUCUCCACUACAAAGCCUCGACUACCUCCUAGCUUCCCUAUUGCUUACCCGUGCAGUUUUCCCGAUGUGGACUGCGAAUUUGGAGGUGGCGCCUGUAAGAUCAAUGCUGAGUUCAACCUUGAAGAGACGGACACACGAACGGCAGAAAAUCGGGUGAAUCUCGAAGUGUUCAAAAGGAAGAAGAGACAUGACAGCUUGGAUGGGAUGUGGACCUCGCUCAAAGCCGAUGCUAAUCAUGCCAGACGCCACGGUGUCAAGCGGAAUGCAGUUGCGGAAGAGUUGGUUAACGAAGUCACCUUCCUGGCGAGGCGCGAGGAAGAACUUGCGCAGAGGAGAACGACGGCCUCAAGCACCAUUGGAUGCUUGAAGGCUGUAGUUGAGUUUGCUGAGCUUGAAAGGGGUUUUGCGGCCGACCAACUACGCUUGAUUCAACGGACUGCCAAUGUCUCAGCUCACAUAUGGAAAGCAGGCUGCGAGAGGAAUCUUCAUAAGGACCUUUGCAAGUUUCAAAGCAGAAAUGCCGACAAGCAUGAGAUCAAAUUCUGGCUUAUGAAUCUCCUGGUAUCUUCAAGCCGAAACGAUCCUUGGGGAUGCAAGACCUCUUUGGAGGCUGAAGAGGUACAGACCGUGAUCGACCUCGUCGACAACUUAGAGCUCCAGGAGGAAUGUUCACAAAAGAUCGAAGAUGCGAAAAUUGACGAUGAUAGCCCAGAGGAGUUCGCCUAUCUCGAAGAUUUAGAGUCUUCCCUUGAGGACGAGAAAAGAGCGUAUAUCUCACAGCUCGCAGCCACCCUUUUCAAGUACAACGGCGAUGUUCAGGCCCGGAACGUACACAUGGGCCAGGAGGAAGUCAACGAAGAAGUUUUGUCGACUGUUCAGCAGGCUCUUGUAACGAAUGUCAUGGAGGCGAUGAAUUCUCGGGACAGAUCUUUGGCAACCAGCUUGCUGCAACAGUCUGCUUGGGUUGCAGAUGCAGCGCUAGCGCGGUGGUUUGAGCGUGAGACCAGCAACCCGUCACCACCUCUAUCGGGAAGCUCGGGGAAGAGGCUGUAUGUGGCGGAAGCUGAGCCAGGCAGGUCGAAGAGACAAAGGACUGGAACUCCAGAUCCAGAAGAGACCUUGGAGGCUGCCAGAGCACGACUUGAUCGAAUUCUUGCUAAAGAUCGCUCAGCAGAGCAGGAUCGAGCGGAACAAUCACAGCAAGAGAUGAGGAAGAGUGCAGAAGCAAGUUCAGAGACGUCAAAGCCGACGGUUCAGGGAAAGUCUUCUCUCGCACCCGGAAGUUACAGCCUAGAGGUACUCAAUAAGAUGAUAACGAACGAUGCGAAUGCUCAAGCAAAAGCUUUGCAGGAGAAGGAGAACACGAAACCGAGUGACGAGAUUCGACCUGAUAACAGACGAUCCAGUCUGAGAACAAGAAGCCAGAAAAUCAACUACAAGGUCUUGCACAAUGGCAUCGGUCCGUUGAAGCAAGUAAAGCAACGAACGAUUGGAGUGGAAGCCAACAGAGGGUCGCAAAACGAGCAGCAGCGGACGCAAUUGCCGCCAGAUCCUGCAAGUGCGCCGUCCAUGGUUAACACACCUGGAGACCUCCUAGCUGCGCUGUCUGAAGAUACUGUCUCGGUCACGCCAGAUAUAAGAAUCAGCGUUUCUAGCAGGCAAGGAAUGGAGGCACCAGCCGAUCGCGAAAUGCCCCAAAUGCCACCAGUGUACGCAAACCCCUUAGGAUUCAUCGAAGCAAACGGCGUCCAACAACAUACCAACAUCCCAAACAUACUAUCACCGGCUCUUUACAUAUCCUCAAGUCCUUCGGACUCUUCCUCGGAGCGGGACUUCGCAUCGCCAUCGGAGAUCUCGGCUGUACUGAGACCGUUUGGGCAUAGGGUUAACGAGGUUGUGAGCUCGUCGCCUGAUACUGAGGUAGUGGAUGAGGGAGUGGGAAUGAGAGAGGAGGCGCUUGUGGAUGGGGCUGCAAACAGGACAUCUGAAGCCCAAGGAAGGAUCGACGAGGAAGACGAGGCUGAUAACGAGGACAAUGGAUCCCGAUAUACAAAGAAGACUUGCUGUAGGAAGCAAUUCCUCAUCAUUGCUCACCAGCGCUGUCCAUCGGACUUCCACUCUGAUUCAGAGCUUAUCGGUGUACGAAGCAACAGAGUCCGCGAAAACACGCAGAUGUACGUCCGCUGUGCUAGUGGUCCGGCUCCCUCCAGCCUACCCUUGCAACCGUAUGUUGCACCGCAAUGCUGA